AAAAUGGACAUGUACAACACAUCCUCUGUUUUACAGCUAAAGGGCUUCAAUAUCUCCUCUGAAAACGUCUUCCCUGCGUUUCUUUUUGCAACUCUGAGCUACAUGAUUAUAGUUUUCUGCAACCUUAUAUUAAUCCUCACCAUUGUGCUGAACAAAUCUCUGCAUCAGCCGAUGCAUCUGAUUCUGCUUAACCUUCCUAUAAAUGACCUUCUAGGCUCUUCAGCACUCUCUCUACAACUCAUUAAAGAAUUACUGACCAACAGUGGGAUGAUACAACACUCAGCUUGUGUCGCUCAGGCAUUUUUUAUCCACAUCUAUGGAGCGGGUGCUGUGAUUAUUCUGACUGCUAUGGCGUAUGACAGAUACAUUGCCAUAUGUUGCCCUCUGCAGUACAACACUGUCAUGACUUGUGCUCACAUUAUGAGAAUAAUCUCAGGCAUAUGGAUAAGCAAUUUAGCUUUAAUAGGCGUGCUAUUUUUUCUGCUUUUGCGCUUGCCCCGCUGUGGAUCUGAAAUAACACAUCUCUACUGUGAUAAUCCGUCUUUGCUGACUUUGGUCUGUGCUGACACAACCAUCAACAACAUUUAUGGGCUUUGUAUUGUGGCCGCUUCACAACUGGUGGGCAAUGGCAUGAUUUUAUACACGUAUCUCUGCAUCCUUGUUGCAUGCUUCAGAUCUAAACAUUCAGACACAAAAGCCAAAGCUCUGCAGACUUGUGCAACUCAUCUAACUGUAUUUCUCUUGUUGGAGUGUCUCGGUCUUUUCACAAUCAUAUCAUACAGACUAAAGAACAUUUCGCCACAUUUAAGAAGAUUCAUGGGGUUGUCGACCUUAAUUUUCCCCCCAACACUGAAUCCAAUCAUCUAUGGCCUGAAAACAAAAGAAAUUCGAGAAAAAAUAGUACACGUUUUAAGGAACAAAAUCCUUCCAACUUAA